AAAUUGAUCCGAAUACCUGGAAUGUGUUGCAGUUCGAUACAAAUAUUAAUACCCAAUAUACUGAAAUAGAUGAUGACAGUGAAAAAAACUUUAAUUUAGAGAUUUCUAACCAAAUUGACAAUUGCAACAAUGAUCACGAUUGUCAGGAUAUUGUAGCUGUUAGAUUAUUUAUUGAUAAUCCUGAAUUACAAAAACCUGUAGCUGAAUCAGUUGCAAGUAGCUUUCUUAAGUUCUAUUUUUGUCAAAAAGACGCUAAUGGUCACGAUAAAGAUGAGCUCAAACUAUCUGUAAAAAGAGAUCCUAAAAAUAAGAAGAAAAGUCGAUUGGUGUCAGGAGAAACUAUUUAG